CUGUCCUUUUCCCCAUCGCCUUUUGCCAAGGGUAGGGGGUGUGCAUAGGCAGAAGUAAACCUAUGCUUAAAACUUUCUUUUGUGAAAGUACAUACUUACACUCAUUUUCUUUUUUAAGUCUUUUUUUCACUCGCUGAUUAGAAGCGCGUGAAGGAUUUAUUCUUUCAUAUUAGAGGAAAAAUAGCUUACAAUUAAAGAUGAUUGACACAGUGCCAGGACCUGCAGUGCAGCCCUUUGCCGCUCAGCUGAAGACCUUGACAGAUUUGGAGGGUCGAUACCAACCAAAGCUUAGCGGCUUGCGGCUCAUUGAGACUGCCCAGGAUAAUGGUCUCAGGAUGACAACCAAACUUAGAGAACUGGAGGUGAAGGACCUCCUUUCUCUCUCCAGGUUCUUUGGUUUUAGCUCAGAAACCUUUUCACUGGCCAUCAGCUUGCUGGAUAGAUUCCUCUCUGCAAUGAAGAUUCAGCCAAAACACCUGUCCUGCGUUGGCCUGUGCUGCUUCUACAUUGCUAUUAAGUCUUCUGAGGAGGAGAAGAAUGUGCCGCUGGCCAGUGAUCUGAUCCGCAUUAGUCAGAAUCGCUUCACUGUGUCUGACAUGAUGAGAAUGGAGAAGAUCAUCAUGGAGAAGCUCUACUGGAAGGUGAAGGCCCCCACAGCCCUCCACUUUCUCCGUUUGUUUCACAGUUACAUCCAGGAACAAGUUGAUGCUGAGAGCAGGAAGAUACUGAGCCUUGAAAGACUGGAGGCACAGCUCAAAGCCUGUCACUGCUCAUUUAUCUUCUCUAAAAUAAAGCCAUCUCUACUUGCUAUGGCUCUUCUGUGUUUUGAGGCCCAGGAUCAACAUGACCCAGAGCACAUUGAUGUAAUCUCAGAGGCCCUGCAAAAUCUCCAGCAGCUGCUCAACGUGAGAGAUGGAGACCUGGUGAGUGUGAGAGAGCUAGUUGGGAAAUGCCUGGCUGAGUACGCCACCACCAAGUGCUCCAAACCUAACAGCCAGAGGCUUCGCUGGAUUAUCUCUGGAAGAACUGCACGUCAGCUGAAGCACAGCUACUACAAGUUUGCUCAUCUCCCCACCAUACCUGAAUCAGCUUUUUAAAAACAGGGCUUACAGAUGGUUGACCUUAACAUACAGGGAGGGAUUACAACUUUCCCCACUGUUACUUCUGUGAUCAAUCAGUGUAACUUUUGGGUGAUUUUCUAGUAGUACGGUCACCAAUUAAGCUCCAAAUAUUUUCCUUACAGAUCUUCAUUUAUGAUGAUGGACUUCUUUAAGGAAAAGCUAAAAAUGUUUUCAUUAAGUUUGUUAAUUAUCAGGCACACUGUAUCUUUUCUGUCCCAAAUGACAAGGAGUAAUGCUUAGUAAGAAAGGCUAGUCUAUUGCCACCCUGCAAAGUUUUACUUCCCUGAUUGAGUUGUUUGCACAGGUGUACAGUAUGUUCUCGUUUUAAUCCGUACCAAGGUGUUUGGUAUUUCCUGGUACGGGUUGGUAGUUUUAAGCUAAUAAGUAUAGAACCACCUAGGUCCUCAGUCCACCAUGUGGAAGAGGAGGGAGAAGGAUUUUGUGAAUAUCGAAAAUGGAACCAAGAAAUCGGGCCCAAAAUCCUUCACUCCCACCCUAGGUUGCUAAACUGUCCUGAAUGCACACUCCUACCCAAGGUGAUGAUUUUUUUUUCUUUUGAGAUGGCGAGGGAGCUCUGGUUUUGACCAGUGAUGUGAGGUAGUGAUGAUCCAGUUGUGUGGCUAACACCACCGAACUGAAACGUCAUCAGCAGUUACAGACGAGAUGUCACCGAUUAAAGUCUUGACAAACUAAGCCACCAUAUAAUUUUGAUUUAAGUUGUUAUGCAGAGAACACUUAAAAGUGGCUGUUGCAGUGGAAAUAUGAGUUGGGAUUAGUAUUGCUUUACCAGUUUCCCUUUGUAGUACAUUUUGUUAGUUGCAGAAUGUGUUCUCAAGUUGAAAAUGGUCAAUGGAAUACAUACACCAUCUGAUGAAGCUAUGUACUUGUACCUUUCAAUAAAAUUUUAUUGAAAAGCUA